AUGAAGGCUAUCAGGCGGUCCUUGAAGGGCGAGAAAGACCCCAAACAUCACCACAUCUCCAUUACCCCUAAGUCCGCUCUUGCCAUUCUACCUCCUAAGAAGGUAAUCAAAGCUCUUUACGACUACAAACCCGAACCCGGCACCUUCCAGGAAUUGGCAUUCAGCAAGGGAGACUUCUUUCACGUUAUCAGCAGGGAGGACGACGAAGACUGGUACGAGGCUUGUAAUCCACUCAUCCCUAGUGCCCGGGGGCUCGUGCCCGUGUCCUUCUUCGAAGUUAUCGGAAAAAACGAAAGGGAUAGUGGGGGUUCGGUCGAUCUGCAUAAAAAGGACCACCACGACUCUGGUUUCGCCGACCGCAGUCCCGCUCCUGACUCCUCUCCUAACAACACCCGCCAACCGACUUUCAGGAUGUCUGCCAUAGCUAAGGGCCAGGGCGCCAUGGUUUAUGGUAUCGUCCAGUACGACUUCCAGGCAGAGCGUCCAGAUGAAUUGGACGCUCGCGCCGGCGAGGCCAUUAUUGUUAUUGCCCAAUCCAACCCGGAAUGGUUUGUCGCGAAACCAAUCGGCCGUCUCGGUGGGCCUGGUCUGAUCCCCGUUUCCUAUAUCGAACUGCGCGACAUGCAGUCUGGUCAGGCGGUGACGGACCCCCUUGAGGCUGUGCGACGCGCUGGAGUUCCUAAGGUGGAGGAAUGGAAGAAGAUGACUGCUGAAUACAAGAACAGCAGCAUCACCCUAGGGAAGAUUGAUUCCUCACCCACCAACAGUGGCAUGGGGCAAAUGACUGGAUCAAUGGACCAGAUGUCGAUGAGCUCAGGAAACUCUGGCCACAUGAGUCAAAACGGGAAUGCCUACGGAUAUCACCAACGUAAUGCCAGUAAAGGCACAUUGUCGUCGCAGGCCCAACAGUCGCACACCCCUUCACAAAAUUACCCGCUGCUUGCUCCCGUCGCCGCUUCGAUUCCCCGCUACUGCUUCGACAACGACAAGUACUGGUAUAUUAUUGAGGCGAAGAUGGAAGAUGGUCGAUGCUGGGAAUUGUCGCGUUAUUACCAUGAUUUCUACGACUUCCAGAUUGCGCUUUUAACCCAAUUCGAGGAUGAGGCUGGUAACCGAGGCCGCCAACGGACACUGCCAUUCAUGCCCGGCCCCGUCACCCAUGUCACCGAUGCGAUCUCCAAUGGCCGCCGACAGAACCUUGACGAAUACAUCAAGAAGCUCCUGGCGAUGCCCCCGCACAUCGCGCGCUGCCAGCUGGUUCGUCAACUGCUUGCGCCUCGGCCAGGAGACUUUGAAAUCGACCCCAACGCAUUUGGCGAGGAGGCAAGAUACUCCGACAACUCCCACCACUCUUCCGGCGCGGAGCCCUCACAGAGUGUGUCGCGACAGUCUUCACAGCUACCAAUGAACGCAUCACAAGAUCGAAUUUCGCAACAACAGAACCUAGGCGCACCAGGCUCGGCACCUUACAGCAAUGGCGCCCCGCCACCAAUGAAUCGACAGGCGAGCUCCUUGACGCAAGUCUCUACCACUUCAAACACCGCGAUGAAGGUCAAGGUGUUCUUCCAGGAUGAUCUUAUCGCUAUCCGUAUUCCUAACGGUGUCAGCAUGCAACAUCUCAAGGACAAGCUUUCAGAUCGGUUGAAGAUCCAGGAAGACAUUAUCGUGCAGUACAAGGACGAGUCCACCGGCACCUAUAUCGACCUGCUCUCUGAUUCAGAUUUGGAUAAUGCCAUGCAGCGUAAUACGAAGCUCACUCUAUUCGUCAGCAUUGCAUAA